GUAACGUGUAAAGUUUGUGUAUACCUGUGGGAACUCCUUAUUCUAGCGGCUUAAUUCUUUCUGUAAAAAUUCCAUCAGUAGAGUUUUUAAACAGCUGGUCAUGGCUUGAAGUUGUUUUCAAGUUUUUGAAGAGUCUCCUUUUGAAGACUCUCCAUUUGAAGAGUCUUUUUUGAAGUUACCAUCUUGAAUGGAUAACAUGAUGACGUUGAAGGAAACGUUUAUUUUCUUGCUGUUCAUUGCUUGCUGUUCAGCAAGUUUGCAAGACGACAGAUGCCAGGAUAAGUUUGGAUCGGAUCUUACAAAAAAUUUCGCUCUAAGCGGUACUGCAAGUCAAUCCAGUGUAUACAACAACGGUCAGCCGGCACGGCUCAUCGACGGAGAUACAAAUCCAUACUUUGGGAACAACAGUUGCUCAGAAACAAACGUUGGUGACAAUUCCUGGUGGGAGGUUCAACUGCAAAACUCAAUCUAUAUCACGUCUGUUACUAUCACGAGCAGAGCAGACCCGUAUUGGCCAUACUCCGAUUUUUUUCAAAUUGACCCAUGUACAAGUGGGAUACUAGCAAAUGACGGUGGAACAAAGACGUAUCCGUGCCAAGAACCAUACCCAACGACAACGGUAAAAAUUGUGCUUCCGGGAACUGGAAAAAGACUCUCUUUAUGUGAGGUGCAAGUUCAUGGAAGAGAGAUGGAGUUCUUUGACAAGGAAGUGAAUUACGCUUUAAAACAACCUGCGAAACUAUCAUCAACUUACUUAAAUUGGGUUGCCUCGAAGGCUGUCGAUGGAAAUAGAAACGUCAAUAUGCAGUUAACUACCUGCGUACACACCGUUGCGAAAACCUUUGACUGGUGGAGAGUGGACUUGGGUAAAAGUAUCGUGGUCUAUGCAGUUACUGUUACCAACAGGAUUAUAGAGGGACAAAGGUUAAGCGAUUUUGAGAUAUUUGUAAGCCCCAGUAUACAUAUCGUUGAAGAAAAAGGCCCGACUUGUGAUGGUCGGCGUGGUAUCGUGAAAGGAGCAACCCGAACAAUCUUCUGUCAGCAGCCAUUGAGGGGACGUCAUGUUGCCUUGGUAUCUCGCUUAACUGAAGCAUUACAAUUUUGUGAAGUCUCUGUGCAGGGUUGGGAAGAAGAGUGCAUCGCACCUCGUCCAAUGGGUAUGGAAAGUUUUCGUAUUUUGAACUCUCAAAUAUCCUCAUCGUCAUCCUUCAGUGUUCGUUAUCCAGCGAGCAAUGGACGAUUAAAUAAUAAACGUUGGGUUGAAACGUUUCCGGCUUGGAUACCCUCAGACACUGACGCCAGCCCUUGGUUACAGGUGGAUUUUCUCUGGAUUGUUACCAUAACUGAGAUAUUGACCCAAGGUCGUCAUUCUGCUGAGCAAUAUGCCGACAUCUGGACUAAAACGUACAUGAUAUCCUAUGGCAGCGAUGGUGCAGACUUCCAGUAUUAUGCUCAAAAUGGAAUUGAUAAGGAUUAG